AUGGACCUGGUGAUUCCAUCCAGGAAAUGGGAUCUGGCCCUUGAUGAAGAAGGAGGAAACUUGGGGUGUGGGAAUGAAGGAAUGAACAGGAGCCUGGGAGUGGGGGUCAUCACUGUGCAGGUGGGAUGCAGCAGAUCAGAGCCUCUUUGCACCAGUCCUGAUAUUCUGCCUUGUGUCUUCUACAUCCCUUUUGUUGCAGAAAGCCCAGAAAAGGACCAAGAAAAAACAAAGGAAAAUCCAUUUGCAGUUCCUGCAGAUUUCGAUAUAUUCUCAAUAAGGGAAAAUGAAAGACAAAAGGCUCAGGAGGAACGUGAAAGGAUGAAGACCAUGAAAAUCCAUGAGAAAACCACUUACUCCACUAAAGUAAAAGCAAAGCAAAAAGAGUUAAGGCAAACUCUGCAACAGGAGGAAAAGGAGGAGGCCAGAAAACAGGCAACAACUGAAGAGAGACUGAAAGCUCCUCAGAAGAUUCUUUUACAGGAGACAGCCUGUAAAAAAGAUUACCCACCAGAAAAGCAGACCUUCCAUGACUACAUAAAUGACAGGAGAGAGAUAUUUUUACUUGAGUAUGGCAUGGCAGUACAGAGAGAGGAAAUUCAGAGGCUGGAGAAGAUAGCAAGGAAUGAAGAGAGGAAGAUGGAAAAGGCUGCAUACUACCUGAAAAAGAAUGCUGCCAUUCUUGAAGAGUUCCUGAAGGAGAAGCAGGAAAACGUUGUUCAAGCCCUGCAAAUUGGUCAAAAAGAAGCUGAAGAGAAUACAAAGAAAACAGAAGAGAUCCAGGAGGUCAAUUCCCAAAUUGAGAAACUCAAAAGUGACGUAUCCCAGUUGAAGAUCGAUCUGCAGGAGCUCAGGAUGUACAGGAACUUCCUCCGUCAAGUCUCUCUUAAAGAGUGGCAGGGGAAACAUGGCGAAAGGAACACAAGCCCAAGGGAUGUGAAAACAGCACCCAGCACUAGAGAAGGAGAUGAUGCCUCACCUCCCAUCACUGCAGAACAGGGCCAAGGUGGGACAGCAGGGACAGAUGAUGCCAGUCCCAGCAGUACCAAUAAUACGGAUGUGCCAAGUUUUCCACUCUCUUCAAAGACUUUGACUGUCAAGUCCUUGCGGGACAUCAAGCCACAGAUCAUAAAGUUCCUGAAGCCUCUGUCAACAAGGCAAAUGAGUGAACUGGAGGAUGCAGAAACCGAAAUGAGCUCGGAUGAAGAUGAGGACCCCGAGCUGUACUUCACUGAUCCCCAGCAACUGCUGUCUAUUUUCAAGGAGAUGGAGGAUGAGAACUUGUCCCUCCUCCAGAAAUCCCAGGAGACAGAGGAAAGGCUGGACAAAGUCCUACAGACUUUUAUCACCACCUAUGAAAGCAUGGAGAAGGAGACGGCAGAGCUGAAGGAGCAGCUGGCCACCCUCCAGGCCUCCGUCGCCGAGGAAGAAGCGAGAGCAGCAGAUCUGAAGCUCAAAGUUCAGCUCUUUUCCUCUGGAGAAUGCAAAGCCAAUGACCAGGACAACAUUCUUGCAAGCCUGAGAAAGAAGGUGCAGGAAGUCUAUUGCCAAUGCACUGGGGAAAGAGAGGGGAACCUGGAGACACUGCAGAUGCUAAUGGUGUUAGAGAAAAAGCUCAACGAUUUACUGGACUAUCUGGAGGGAAUCCCACCAGAAAAGAUAGAACAUGCUAAGAAACAAAAGGAAAAGGAACGGAGGAUAAAGCUCAGAGAGGAAAAGCUGAGACAACAGGAGAAGCAGCAGGAGGAAAGACUGAAAAAGGCCCUGGAGAGGUCAAAAGCAGCUGGAGAAAUGAAGACCAGCAAGAGGCUGAUGUUUCGCUCUGUCCUACCUCCCAAGAAGCCAGAAAGAAAGCCCAGACAAGAAGAAAUAGAUAAGGAAAAGGAGGAACAACUGUAUUACUUCACCUGA